ACCCCCUGCUCCUGCCCUGACGAUUUGAGCCACCAGACCAGGAGGGCUAUAAAGGUUUCGUAAGAAAGGCCCCAGGCAGUUGAGAUAGACACUCAUCCCCAGAACACACCAUGGAAGCUGCUGCUCAAUCUUGCCCAGUGCUGCAUGGCUGGUUUAACCCAUCCCCUCUCCCCUCAGGCUGCCAGAGCCCUGCUCAGGGGCUACACCAAGGAGGAAGAUCCCUGCCCCUUUGGAGACCAUGGUUGCCCACUGCUGAGGGUAUUACAAAGCAGAAGGAGGACGAGAUGGACACAGCCUAUGGUGGUGAGGUGAUGGAGGAUGAUGAGCCCAGCAAAGCAUUGGCGCUUUUCCGGCACCCUGUCAGACUUUUCUGGCCGAAGUCCAAGUCCUUUGACUACCUGUACAGCGAGGGCGAGAAACUGCUGGAGAACUUCCCAGUGCAAGCCACCAUCAACCUCUAUGAGGACUCUGACAGCGAGGAGGAAGAGGAGGAGGUGGAGGAAGAGGAGUACGGGGGGGAGGAAAGGCAGGUGGAGGAUACGGGGAAGCAAGCAGGGGAGAUGAUGCUAUUGCAUGGGGUAGAUGCCUGCCAGCCCUGUCUGAAAUGAACCCUGAGGCACCCAGCACACGUGGGAAAGACCCAGCCAGAGUGGCAAAUUGUGGCCUCCUUCUCGUGCAGAGCUGAGACUUUACACUGGCUGGUUGAAAAGUGGCUGUCACCCACAGGGUUCCCUCCCACUGGGGGCAUGCAUGAGUGCAAAGGGAAUCUAGCAGACCUGGCCAUUUGCUAUUGCAGUACUCAGGACCUGACCCAAAGCAGCUGGCACUGAGAGGGGAAAUCCUCACCAUGGUUGGAAGUGGGAUGGGGAACAGCAUUGUAGGUCUCCAGCAGGGGGUGCAGUUCACUUCAGGGUGUUCCAGGAGUAGGCAUCUGUAGGCAUCACAGCAGGGUGUGCCAACAUCUCUGCCAAAGGUGUAGGGCCCCAUCUGUGCUUCAGAUUAUGACCACUCCUGAGCAUAUCCAAUGUCCUGUGAGAGGUGUGGGUGGGAUGGGCCUGUCCUGUUGUACCAGAGCCUUUCUGAGAGGGUCAGGGAGAAGAGUGAGGGCCCAGAGCCCUGCCUGGAAGGUUGUGAGUUGUGGGGCCCAGGCAGAGCUUGGAAGCUCCCACACUUACAUUGGGCCUGAGCCUUGGUAUUCCAGUGGCUAAUGUGUAUGUUGGGCUGAAGCAUGCAAUAAAGUUUAAGAUG